CGCUGCCAUGGAAUGACAGUUGGACUAAGACAUUAAAUUAAUUACGACGUUGACCAUCAAGAACGCGAAGACGAAAAAAAGGCCUCACAAAAAUAAGGACACUCCGAUUUUUAUUUCUACAGAUGCAUUCCAUAGGCAGCUGCUUGAUCUAGAAACACACCCGAUCUUAACGAUGGCUCCGAAAGGAGAGACAUCGCGACCAUCUAACCGCCGACAUCGACAAAAGCCAGGAGAGUCAUCAAGGCGGCGAGACAAGGAGCGCGACAAGGACCGAGAGGAACAACGACGUAAAUUGAAAGCGAGAAGAGCGGCGACCGAAUCUGGCGAAAGCAGCAGAAAUGAGGGCAGCUCCCAUUCGCUGUCGAGCAAUGCGCUGGCGCAAUUAAACAAAGAAAAUACAAAGAAGAAGAAACGACAUGGCGACCACCGCAGGCCUUCAUAUCGUAUGGUGCCACAAGAACAAGAACGCGAGAUCCCGAGACCGAGAAAGCAGCCGAAGAGGAAGAAGAAGCGAGUUGUGAGCGGCGCAAUUAUGGAGGAAGGCCGUGCUAGGGGCCAUGAUCGGAACUGGAGCGAAGACAGCUACGAUAAAGAUGCAUAUUAUCCACCGUCGAAAAAGAAGACAAAGUGGUCGAAGAAGAAGAUUUUGCUAUUGGCAGGUGGCAGCUUUGUCGUGCUACUGAUUAUCAUCAUUGUCGCCGUGGUGGUAAGCCAGAAGAAUAAAGGCGACGGUAACAAUAGUAAUUCACAGUCCUCGACAUUAAACGACAUUAACCCCGAUUCGAUUCCGUCGAAAUGGAAGAAUACAUAUCUGGAUCCGUGGACCUGGCAGACGACGACAAAUUUCAACGUCACAUUUACCGACGAAAUGGUGGGAGAUCUGCCAGUCAUGGGACUCUUUUCGAAAUGGGACGAUUCAGCCAAAGCAAACGAUAAAGUCCCAGCGCUUAAUGAAGACUGGGGGCCGUAUACGCAACGCCCGGCCCGUGGUGUCAACUUGGGAGGCUGGCUGUCGCUCGAACCUUUUAUAACACCGUCAUUAUUCAACUACGACUCUCAACAGGGCAUCAUUGACGAAUGGACCUUGACGAAGCAACUAGGUGCUUCCGCUCAGCAAACUCUGGAGAAGCAUUACGCUAGUUUUAUUACAGAAGACACAUUCAAAGCCAUCCAGGCUGCGGGGCUCGAUCACAUUCGCAUCCCCUUUUCAUACUGGGCGGUUGAAAUCUACGACGGUGACCCCUACGUCUUCCGUACGUCUUGGCGAUAUCUGCUUCGUGCUAUUGAAUGGGCCCGCAAAUACGGACUCCGUGUAAAUCUAGAUUUGCACGCCUUGCCUGGCAGUCAAAACGGAUGGAACCACAGCGGCCGACAGGGAGCUAUCCAGUGGCUAAACGGAACGAAUGGGCAAAUAAAUGCUCAACGAUCACUCGACAUCCACGACCGACUUUCCAAGUUCUUCGCCCAGGACCGAUAUAAGAAUAUUAUUACGCAUUACGGAGUAGCCAACGAGCCGCGCAUGACAUUUCUACAGGUGUCUGACGUGCUGUCAUGGACGCUUAACGUGUACAAGACGGUGCGUAAAAACGGUAUGAAGGCACUAGUGGUCUUUGGCGAUGGCUUUAUGGGUCUUGGUAAUUGGCAGGGCAAACUGAGUGGAUACAACGACCUUGUGCUGGAUGUGCACCAGUACGUCAUUUUUAACAAGAACCUGAUUGACUUUACACAUCAAGACAAAGUCAAGUAUGCGUGCAACGACUGGUCUAAGCAAGCACUCGAGUCGCUAGAUACCAGUACGGGCUACGGACCGACAAUCUUUGCAGAGUGGUCGCAGGCCGAUACAGAUUGCGCCAAGUAUCUUACCAACGUGGGCACCGGCAACCGCUGGGAGGGCACGUACAAUGUUGCUGAUAAGGGCGAUGCUGUGACGUCGCCCGGAUGUCCGACCAAGGACAGCAAGUGUUCGUGUUCCAAUGCGAAUGCGGACCCAAGCAAGUGGAGCGCCGAGUACAAGAACUUUCUAAAGAUGUUUGCCGAGGCGCAGAUGCACAGCUUCGAGAAGGGUUGGGGGUGGUGGUAUUGGACGUGGAAGACGGAGUCGGCGCCGCAGUGGUCGUACGAGAGCGGACUCAAGGCGGGAAUAUUGCCUGCGAAAGCCUACGACCGAGAUUUUGAUUGCAGCGGUGCGAUUCCAGACUUUGCAGCCAACGGACUGCCUGAAUACUAUUAAGUGUGGAGGCCAUAGCGGCUGAUCCUGUACCACCAAAGAAGAGGAGGCACAUAUAUAUCGUAUGUAUGAGUUGGUUUUGCAUUGUGUGAUGUUACGUUUUGCUCUUCUUUGCUUUUUAGCCAGCGAGCAUAUUGGAAUUUGCAACAUUGGUAUAUAUAUAGAGAGAGAUGACUGUAUAGAUGGAGGUGGGACACGGGUUAUUAACUAGGCUGUACAUGGGUGAUGGAUAAUUCUACUGUAUAUACAUCUUUUGGAAUAAAGACGUCGAGUCUAUAAACUCUCAUUGAUACCCUGGAUUUCAUAUUUGAUUUGUAGAACAUUAGGGAUGCUGCAUAUCGUGGAAUUCCGGAGCUGCCUUUCUGUCCCCGAAGGUACUUUUUUUCGUGGCUGUUAUUCCCGGGCCAUUACCAGUCGGCGAUGGCUCGGAGAUAGCCCGCCCAGUCAGCAGCCCUUCCAGCCUCGACGACAAUAAGCCGUGUUUGCUAAUCCAAUUUCACACAAUGCUCCCUGCAGAAAGGCGCAUAUGACGACAACUUGCGUCGGGUUACCGUGCCGUGUGCUUCGGGCCAUUCGGGUCACCACUCGGGCUGGAUGCUAUGGGCAAGGGCUCGGCGAUCACGGCGGCGAUGUCAAAGGGACGACGCCUCUGAUUUCUGCUGACGAUAGCAAAAACGAGGGAAUUAGAUACCGUCGAACCAUAUGAUUGAUCCUACCUGUCGGACUCGUGUUUUUGCAGAUAGAAAUGCAUGUUUAUUAAUAAUUAUAAGACCGCU